AUGAAGAAGAGCGGCAGGAAGCCUGCCCCGAGGGUCCCGGAGCAGGAGGCCUUCUGUGUGCUGCCCUCGCCCGGCCCAGGCCAUCUCCAGACUACCCUGGACGGGGGAGAGUACGCCCUUUUCGUCUCCCCUCCCAUGUUAGAGGGCAAUUUUAUCCAGGUCAACCGGAGAGGUGAGUCCAUUUACCUUCACAACCGCGCCAACUGGGUGGCUGUGGGCAUCUGCUCUUCCAGUCACAGCCCCAAGACCCCCAACGUGAUGCUGCUCGCACACCGGCCGCCUGCCGCCUGGAACGACGGCGAACCCCUGUUCAGAAGCCUCCUGACCUCGCCAGAGAAGCUGGUGCUCACCAGGUUCCUCCCUCUGCAGUUUGUGACUCUGUCCGUGCACGAUGCUGAGAACAUGCGCCUCAAGGUGAAGCUGGUGAGCGGCCGAGCCUACUACCUGCAGCUCUGCGCCCCUGCCUACCAACAGGACUUCUUGUUUUCUCAGUGGGUGGAGCUCAUCUCCCUGUUGAAUCAGGAGAAAGCCAAAGCUGCCAAGCUGUCAGAAGUGUCAAGCCUCUCGGAAAUCACCAACAGCACAGACAUCACGGGCUCGGUGGACAUCAUGGACAUGGAAGAAUUCGCAGCUGUGCAGACUCCGUGUGUGCACGCAUAUUCAGACCCUGAACAUGCCAUAGAAAAUGCUGAUUUCUCAGAAUUAACGGUCAUCACUGAUGUCACCGACGUCACGGACGUUCCAGAAAAUGAGGUCACUGAGGCCCCAGAUAUAAGCAUUUCCACAGAAGUUACAGAAGUCACAGACCUCCAUGAUGUCACAAACAGCUCGGGAGUCAGAGUGGUAUUUGAAAAUGAUGACAUACGAAGGGCCAAGCAAGAGGAAAAGGAAAAAAUGAAAAACAUUCUGAAGCCUGGGUGUCUACAAGGUACAAAAAGUAAGAAUGAGUUCAAAGAAUUCUCAAAACACGUCACCAUCUCAAACGUGACACUGACUUUCGAAGGUGAAAGAUGUUUUGAAACUAUCUUGACUCCAGAACACAGUGAGACAAAUACAUUCACAGAGAAGAGUGAUAGAACCUUGGAAAUGAGGACAACAGAUUUUAAAAGCGCGGCUCUCAAGGCUGAAGAGUCCAGGUACGUGAGGCCGGGAAGUGCGGGGUGCUCGCACUGA